CUCUCUCUCUCUCUCUCUCUAAUACUGAUGUGUAUGUGUGGAUCUUUGAGACUCUACCCACAGCUACGACCAGCAACAGGAUCGCUGCAGUGCAUAAACAAGGAGGAAAUAAAAGAACAGUAUCCAACACAAGCAGAAUAUUUCGAGAAGCUGGCAUCACAAAUUAUAGUCAAACCUUCACACUUGCAGCCAAUCGUGGAGAAGCUCCACAAGAGCGCACACUCGAAAACUUUUGACGCCUUCUUUGAACCACCAACGUUGGAAGAAUAUCUGCGAGGGACAACAACGAGUGAAGUCGAGGCUCGCCCGGAUAAGUGGAUAACCAGAAUCUGUGUGACAUACAAGGCCGUCUGGCAUAUGAAGCACUGGCCAGGCAGAAAAGAAUCACCUGAAGACAAGUCACGUCCACGGAAACGUGCAAAGCACGAGGAGAUAAAGGAAGCUUGGGAGGAACUACCAGGGAGGCGGACUGACGAUCAGACAGCAUUGCUGGAGAGGCUGAGGCCAAUUGAAGGCAACAGGAAGACAAUCAAUUGGGUCAGAGCUGAGUUCAUCAUUGAACCAGAGGACAUAAUUGACUUGACUGUAUCCAACUAGACCGACUCGACUAUCCAGCAACAUCACUGACUUGACUGUAUCCAGAAUUUACCCUGACACAAGCCUGAUCUGACUGACACCAGACUUAGAAACACCAGGAGAAGAGAAGGAUGGCGUCCAGACCAACCACCUUGAAGGCAGUAAAGGAUGUGAUGUGGAGAAGGCUGGAAGCCACCAAUUCCAAGAAAGAGAUAGAGGAGAAACGCAAGACAUUUGAGCAUCUAUACCUGGAUUGGGGAAGGAGGGGACUGAUUCUGGGAAAUGUAAUGGAAGUAACAUUGGAUGACAGGAAGAAAAUAACCGAAUUUGAGAGACAAGAGAUGAUUUCCAAGAAAAAUGAAUGGGAAAAGGCAGGCAGCCACAAGAUAGGAGGAAGCAAGCGAGCCUAUGAACAAGCUAAGCUGAAACAUGCAAGGGCAACAGAAUUAAUAAUGAUGUUGACCAUCCCAGAAAAUCAACCAAUAACAACCCACCUGCCGCCAAAAAUAAGUGAAAAAAGAUUGUACCCAGACAUCACAGAGGCAAUAACUCCAACAGCUCCAGACGCCAAGGAGACCCCAAAAGCCCCUACAGCUCCCCCACCUUAUUCAUCCAACAAUCCAUUUACCCAAGCCCCAGUGUUCGAGGUCAAGUCGGGAAAACUUGAAUUAGAAGUCAACGGGAGACGCACGGACAUCCCAGAUGAUCUUACAGUGGAAGAACUGACAGAAAUGGCAUCAAUACUGGGAGAAAGGAUCAUCAAAACACAGGCAACGAUGAUGGAGCAAGAAAGGAGGGAAGAAAACGAAUCAAGAGAACGUCCAGCCCCAGCCUCUUUAAACAGCCAAACGAGACCUCGCAACUACAGCCAGCCCGACAUUCCCCAAAGAACGGGGUAUGAACCUGACCUAAACAGUAGCCUGUGCCAGUCCAGCAUUCCCAGAAGAACUGGCUACGCAAGCCAUGAACUUGACCAGGACAGCCUGAUUGAAGGGGAGCGUGAAGAAAUCCCAGACGAACAACGAAGGGUGCUGGAAGAAAAACUGGAAAGAAUUGAAGAAGAGGAGAGAUACAAGCGGAACCAGAGGAAAAGCCGCCACGAAAAGACAGAUUCUGUAAUAAUAACAGGAAAAGAAAUGGAAGUAGAUCAAAGAGGAAUGUCCGCCAGAACCAGGUCACACCAGGCCCACAAAGGAGGGUGGAGCGACAACAGCCAGUUCCAAUGCCCACUGCUGUUGGAUGCAGGCGGGGCAGCCCGGUACGAACCAUGGAGCCAUAGAGACAUGAACGAGUUAGUCACUGUACUUCCUCCACUGUCGGCCGGAGGAGCCCAAUGGAUAAGGGCUUUCGAGAAGCUGACGGCACAAGACCGCCUGGCAAUGGGAGACAUCCGAGCCAUCAUCUUACGACUGGAUGGGAAAGUGAAGGUUCGAACUAUCGACCAGAAGGCUAAAUGCGAGGGGGAUGACGACAGAGAACCGUUCAACAAUGCCAGAGGAAGAUAUUGGGAUGCCAUAAGAGACAUCUACCCACAAGAGCAGAGCUUGGCAGCCCUGGAAAGCUUGGAAAUGGAGCCUGGAGAGAAGAUGCACGCAUUUCUCAGAAGAGCUGAGGAUGUGUGGUUGGAAGGAACUGGAGAACGCCACGAUGUCACUAAAGGCCAAUUAUUGUUUUGGAAGUCUGCAGUAGUAAGAGCACUCCCGAAAGCCGUCCGAGACGAACUCGAGGACGUGGUGGGUCUGACCUACAAACCUGUGGCUGAAUGGACAAACUACCUUAUACAUUACCAAAAGAAGCAUGAUAAAGCUGAAAAAGAACUAUGUCUGAAAGACAGUGACAUGAACAGACAGCUCCUGAGGGGUCGGGUCGCAGAUAGACACGACAUGGCCAAUGAGAAGAAGAAAGCUACCAAGACACAAAUGAUAGUGGAAGAACCUCUGUUUGAGCAAAUGGCAGUGGAAGUGCGACCAAAACCCCCACAACCUCAAUACCCUCUUCCCCAACCACAACACCCUCCCCCACAACCUCAAUACCCUCUUCCCCAACCACAACACCCUCUUCCACAACCUCAAUACCCUCUUCCUCAACCACAAUACCCCCUUCCCCAAAUACCCCCACAACCUCAAUACCCUCUUCCUCAACCACAAUACCCCCUUCCCCAAAUACCCCCUCAACCACAAUACCCUCGUCCCCAACAACCCCAACCCCAAUACCCCCAACCCCAAUAUCAGUAUCCAUCGGCGUUUCCACAAAAUGCCCCUCAAUAUGCCUACCCUACAGGCGGCGGACGAGGAGGCCAGCGAGGAGCGUGCUACACAUGUGGAGAGACGACACACUUCGCCAGGGAAUGCCCUCAAGGCCAGAACAAACGAGGAAGAGGUGGCUACAACAAGAGAGGAGGAGGUAGAGGCCAAAUAACUCUGAACCUACAGGUACCACAGCCGCAACAAACUCAGCAACCAGCGGGUCUGCCUCUGCUUCAGCCACCGAAUGCGACACAGAUGCCGGUCGCGACAUGGACCCUGGACCAGUGGGAUGGCGACCAAUGAGGAGGCCCAGAGGAUCCGACUGCAGGUGACAUCCAAGCCAGUAAAGUACCAAUGGUCACCUGCAUGAUUGAUGGAGAAAAAGUGGAGUUGAUGGUGGACACAGGUGCGGCAGUGUCAUGCCUGAACAAUCUAAAAGGGACAACCCCACUCUCUUCUAAAACCAUCAGAACAGUUGGAUACUCGGGACAAAGCGAAGAACAGCGGUACACCCAGCCACUAAUCACCACAGUCGGCUCACAAACACUGACACAUUCAUUUCUGCAUGCCCCCAAAUGCCCCAUGAACCUGAUGGGGAGAGACCUGCUGCUGAAAAUAGGAGUUACCAUCACCUGCUCCACAAAAGGAUUGGCGUUGUAUAUGCCAGGAGUAGAAACAUCAAAAACAAUCAGUGAUGGCCAGAGGAUACUGUUCAUGGGCACUAACACAAAGACACCAGUAGGAAUGACAGAAAUGACGCAAA